GACACAGCUCACCACGCCUCGGUAGCCUACGGUAAGUUCGUCAGCCAUAUUGACUGUCUGUACCGCUUCUCCGGUUGUGGACGGCUGACGGAGGAGUCUGCAGCCCGUAUCACAGUACAGUGUCUGUAGGCUACGCACCUCGUCCGGUAAACAUCGCCGAGGACGGAGAGUGAAACGCUCUAUUUUUACACGCUGUGGAUAUAUAAAGUACAGCUGCCUGCUGGAGGGGGGUGACAGUCGCACACAUCCUCAGCGCAACCAGGAGGCGCUGGUGCCCUGGAGAGAGGCAGGAAGACAAAGGACAACAUAUUUCUGUUUUCUUAACAGUAGGGGACGGGCGGAGAGAGGAGAAAGAUGCCCAAACCGAUCAAUGUGCGCGUCACCACCAUGGACGCUGAGCUGGAGUUCGCCAUCCAGCCCAACACGACAGGCAAACAGCUUUUUGACCAGGUGGUGAAGACAGUGGGUCUGAGGGAGGUCUGGUUCUUUGGGCUGCAGUACACAGACAGUAAAGGCUACGUCACAUGGCUCAAGCUCAACAAGAAGGUGACCCAGCAGGAUGUGAAGAAGGAGAAUCCUCUGCAGUUCAAGUUCAGAGCAAAGUUCUUCCCAGAAGAUGUUUCUGAGGAACUUAUCCAGGAGAUCACACAGAAGCUCUUCUUCCUGCAGGUGAAAGAGGCCAUUCUGAAUGAUGAGAACUACUGUCCCCCAGAGACAGCCGUGCUUGUGGCCUCCUACGCUGUCCAGGCCAAGUACGGAGAUUUCAACAAAGACAAUCACAAGCCGGGCUACCUGGCCUCCGACCGGCUACUGCCACAACGAGUUCUGGAGCAACACAAGCUGACAAAGGAACAAUGGGAGGACAGAAUACAGACCUGGCAUGAGGAACACAGAAGCAUGCUCAGGGAGGAUGCAAUGAUGGAGUAUCUGAAGAUAGCUCAGGACUUGGAAAUGUACGGUGUCAACUACUACGAAAUUAAAAACAAGAAAGGCACAGAACUGUGGCUGGGGGUCGAUGCCUUGGGACUUAACAUCUAUGAGCACGAAGACAAGUUGUCACCAAAGAUCGGCUUCCCCUGGAGUGAGAUCCGAAACAUUUCCUUCAACGACAAGAAGUUUGUCAUCAAGCCCAUCGACAAGAAAGCGCCAGACUUUGUGUUCUACGCCCCUCGGUUGCGGAUCAACAAGCGCAUCCUGGCGUUAUGUAUGGGAAACCAUGAGUUGUACAUGAGGAGGAGGAAGCCCGACACCAUUGAGGUGCAGCAGAUGAAGGCUCAGGCCAGAGAGGAGAAGCACCACAAACAGAUGGAGAGAGCGCAGCUGGAGAACGAGAAGAAGAAGCGCGAGCAUGCAGAGAAGGAGAAGGAGCGGAUAGAGCGAGAGAAGGACGAGCUUAUGGAGAGGCUGAGGCAGAUUGAAGGGCAGACACAGAGAGCUCAGAAAGAGCUGGAGGAGCAGACUAGAAAAGCGCUGGAGCUCGAGCAGGAGAGGAAGCGGGCAAAGGAGGAGGCAGAGAGGCUGGAGAGGGAGAGGCAGGCGGCAGAGGAGGCCAAGGCAGCACUGGCUCAGCAGGCUGCCGACCAGAUGAAGAACCAGGAGCAACUGGCUGCUGAGUUAGCAGAGUUCACUGCCAAAAUCGCUCUUCUUGAGGAAGCCAAGAGGAAAAAAGAGGAUGAAGCAUCAGAAUGGCAACUCAAAGCUUUGUCAGCACAAGAUGACCUGGAGAAGACCAGGGAGGAGCUGAAGACGGCCAUGACAUCUCCGCCGGCGCCAGAAAACGAUGAAGAGGAUGAAACGAACGCUGAGGCGAGUGCCGAGCUCCUCAGCGAUGGCGUCACCAGCCACCGCAGUGAGGAGGAACGCAUGACUGAGGCACAGAAAAAUGAACGUGUCAAGAAACAGCUACAGGCUCUGAGUUCAGAGUUGGCCGAGGCCCGGGAUGACACCAAGAAAACCCAGAACGACAUGCUGCAUGCCGAGAACGUCAGGGCAGGCAGAGACAAGUACAAAACCCUGCGCCAGAUCCGCCAGGGCAACACCAAGCAGCGCAUUGAUGAGUUUGAGUCCAUGUGAGCACGGAAGAAGGGUGGACAUAACGAUGAAAAGAAACAGUUAGUCUCGUUGCCAUGUCAACGCCUCACCUCCCUUGUAAAGCCCAAAACCUGCUGCCAUCCCAGGAAGAUUUUUUUUCUAUCCAGGAGAAAGAGCGGCUAAUGGGCUAUGUAGCUUCAGCCUCGCCAAAGCUCUGCCUAGCAGCGUUUGGCCAAUCACACUGCUACCUGCUUUAAGAGCUCCGCCCCCAACCCAACAAAGCACACGUCCUAUAAUCUGUCGGAAAAUUGCAAGCAGCAUAUCCUGUCAUUAACCUGGACUUCUCCCUUAUACGAUACUGACAGUUCUAAAGCUUGCAUGUAUGAUAAUUAAUCAACAACAGCACCGUUAGACAAAAUGAGAGGAUUGGUUGAUAUUGUGUUUUUUCUCAAUAAAUUAAAAUGGCCAUUUGUAGCUUGUUGUUGUUGCCUGCACGCUUGUUUGUAACGCUUUAGUAUCUGUACCUUACUUUUAUGUCAUCAGUUGAACGAUUUAAUUAAUUUGUUUAAAAAAAAA